ACAAUACUCAAAAUAUUAAUAUAAAAAUCGAAUAAAAUUCCUCUCCCUUUUCAAAUACUCAAUUUUGGAACCAUUUCCUUCGUUCUUUAAUAUCGGACAUGGAAGGUGUUUAAUUUAAAAACGUGAUUCCGACCUUCAUAUUACGGUUCUUUCUGUAAAUAUCCAGUUCUAACCAGUUCUGUUGAGUUACCUGAAUAACCAGUGAAAAGUGACUUUCCUCGAUCUCUUGUUGAUCGGCUGCGGGACCGCGCCAUUUUGCCUUACGUACACGUUUCCUUAUUUUGGUCAUUUAGCGAAGUUAAAUAGAUAAAUUUAUCUAAAAUGUCGGGCGAGGAAACUUCUGCGGAUAGGAAUGUAGAAAUUUGGAAAAUUAAGAAACUCAUCAAAAGCUUGGAGCUGGCAAGAGGAAAUGGAACCAGUAUGAUAUCUCUCAUCAUUCCCCCAAAGGAUCAAAUCUCCAGAGUAAGCAAAAUGUUGGCUGAUGAAUUUGGAACUGCUUCUAAUAUUAAGUCCAGAGUAAAUAGGCUGUCAGUACUUGGUGCAAUCACAUCUGUCCAACAUCGAUUGAAGUUAUACACAAAAGUACCGCCCAAUGGCCUGGUCAUAUACUGCGGAACAAUUGUAACAGACGAAGGAAAAGAGAAGAAGGUCAAUAUAGAUUUCGAACCUUUCAAACCGAUCAACACCUCUUUAUAUUUGUGUGACAAUAAGUUCCACACCGAAGCCCUCACAGCCCUCUUGGCGGACGAUAACAAAUUCGGGUUCAUCGUCAUGGACGGUAACGGGGCCCUUUUCGGUACUCUUCAAGGAAAUACUCGUGAGGUUUUGCACAAGUUUACCGUGGACUUGCCCAAGAAGCACGGAAGAGGAGGUCAGUCGGCGCUGCGUUUCGCCCGUUUGAGAAUGGAGAAGAGACACAAUUACGUAAGGAAAGUUGCUGAGGUUGCCACACAGCUGUUCAUAACCAACGAUAAGCCUAAUAUAGCUGGGCUUAUAUUAGCUGGUAGUGCUGAUUUUAAGACUGAACUUAGCCAAUCUGAUAUGUUCGACCCGACGGGCGUAGAAUUGGAAUUGGUAGAAUGCCAGCCUCUUUUGGAAUGGCUGGCGAACAACUACAAGAACUUUGGAGCCACCUUAGAAAUUAUCACCGACAAGUCUCAAGAGGGAUCUCAGUUCGUCCGCGGGUUCGGUGGAAUUGGAGGUUUGUUACGGUACAAAGUGGACUUCCAGAGUAUGCAAUUAGAGGAAUUGGAAAACGGAGAGGAUUUCGAUAUAGACGAUUACUAAAUGUCUGUAAGAAUUAUUUGGUAUUGACUGCAUUUGUAAGGUUAGCGCCGUUCGGACCAGAUAAAAGGAAACUGCGACUCAGUAUCCAGAAUGCGCAAUAUUUUGAUAACUAUUAUAAUUUAUAUAAUUGUGUACAUUGUGUGCUUUGCACAGAUAAUCAAUAAAUGAUACGGUUGCUAUUCCUCGUACCGUUGAAUACUGUUCUUAGUUUAAAUCUCUGUUGAAUUUUGUAUAUUGAAAGAAAUAUUUUUUGUCUUUUUCAGUUGAACUUUAUUAAUUAUCUAGGUAUACAUUAGUCGGUUUUUAUAAUUAUUAUAUUAGAGUCAUUUUUACCGGAAGCUAAAUCAAGUGAUUCGUCAGUUCAAGGGGUGAUUACGACAUUUAAUAAUUGCAGUGAGGAAAUGAGAAAUGAACCGUGCUGAAUGUAUUAUUGAAUUGUGAAGGAAUCUGUGUUUGUUGCCUCUGGAUUGGUCAAAUAAAAGAUGUUUAUCUCUCUUUUCUA